UGAAAUGAAUCCCCAAGAAGGGGCAUGUGAUGAAUGUCAGUCAUUCUCAGCUCUGCAUAUGAAGACAAAUGCUCCACAAGCACAAGUAACUUCAUGCUCUGCAUAUCCUGGCAUAGGAAACUACAAUGGAAAUGAAAGUACUAGCUUGAAACUAAAUCUUUAUCAGAGUUGUAAAAAGCAAAAAGAUUUUGAUCACAGGAAAUCUCCAUUUCCAUUAUUUACAUCAAAAAUUAGAAAAGCAUCAGAAAUAAUUCAAGCCACAGACUUAACUGAUGAAGAUGUUAGUUAUCAAGAUGGAGAUGAAAUGCUCUUUAACUCUGAAGAGGAUGGAGAAAUGGCAAGAAUUCUCAACAAAUUAAAAAUGCAGGUGAAUCAGAGCACACAAGAAGCCCAGAGUGAUGUCCCUACCCAUGACACAUCUCUUGACCAGGACCCAGCCUCUAUAACCUUACACAGGCUGAGUCAAGUGUCAUCAGUACUGUCCCAAUAUGUUACCAAUUCUUAGUACUGAUGAUUCUCUGCAGUUAUAACUAGUAGGUGAGAAUCACACACACACACACACACACACACACACACACACACACACACACACACACACACACACACACACACACACGUAGUGUAGUGGUUAGCACGCUCGACUCACACUCGA